AUGGCACCUCCUGCUGCCACGCACUGCUCAGCUCGCCUCUGCAGCAGAGGAGGAGCUCCAUCCUUCCGCUCCGCGAAGUCCCAUGUAGAGCUGAGGAGGGCCAGGGCCGCGAAGAGGAGCUCCGAGGAGGUCGAGGCAAAGGUCUCGCAGUGGCUGAGCCAGGGGAAGGAUAUAGCCAGAGGGGGCGCGGUCACGGUGCCCUUGACCGUCAGUGGCUACCGCCAGCUUCUGGCGUCUGGGGACGCUGAUGCGAAGUGUCACUUCGUGGAAAGACUUGUCGCCGCCAUGGGUGGCCAUCUUCUGAAGCGCGACCAGCUGCGACCCUUCAGUGCUUGGUACUUCCGGAAUACCCGGAAUGAGCACUGGCAGGACGGCUUACCAGCUCUGAAGCAAUCGCUGCGUGAGCAGACCUGGAUCCUUUGGGCAUCGGACCAGAGUGCCUCCAGGCGAGUCAAGCUUCGACUGAAUUGGAGGUGGCGGGAGAGCGGCCUCCGAAAAGUAUGGUUCCAAGCAAGAAAUGCGCAGAGCCCCAGCCACGAGCGCGUGCGGCAAUUCUUGGAGGUGCAGAGUGCAAAAGCAGAGGAGGAGCAGCUGCAGAUGAUGCAGAUCUCUCACUUGGGAGGGGAGCGCCCUCUCACCGAUAAUGCUUGUCGAGAAGUCUUCGCGGAGGCGAACCUCGAUGCUGCAUGCGAAUUUGUCCAGAGUCUUAUCGGAGACAUGGGUGGUAUGUUGUUACGGAGAAACCAGCUGCUUCUUUACACAAAGUGGUACAAGAAGCAGCGCAACUCGAAAGAUGGGCUUCGUGAGCUACGAAGCUCUCUGAGGGAUCAGACCUGGAUCCUGUGGCCGAAAGAGGACAGCGAGUCCCAGCAAUGGAAGUUACGGAAGAGCUGGCGAUUCCGAAGGAGGCGCAGAACUCGGGACUGGCAUCCGACCUGGCGAUUUCAUGCCAAACCCCCAUCGUUGGAGCAAAUCUCAGAGUUUCUCGAGGCGAAGUACAUUGAAAAGCAGGAGCUCGUGGACUUGACUCUCCACUUGCGGCUCAACCGCCGCAUCACAAGCCACAUUCUGGCAUUGCUUGUCCGGAGGUUUGGGCGCAUGCAGCUUUGGCAGACGGCCUUGGCCUUGCUCUUCGAGUUUCAGCGCACUUUGCUGGAAGUCGACUCGGGGCCUUACGUGGCGGCCGCGGAUGCAUGCCGCACCACUGGACGAUGGGACGGUGCCCUUUGUGUCCUCUCCCGCGCCCGGCAGGACGGGCUGCCGCUCGUUAAUGUGAGCAAUGCCGUCGGCUCCGCUGUCUUUCGGUGUCGAGCUGACGGCUGGCCUCGGGUUCUCGAGCUGCUGGGGGACAUGCUUUCGAGGUCGGAGCACGGGGCUCUGGUGCCUGACCAGAUCAGCUUCGCGAUUGCCAUUACUGCGUGCAGCCGCACCUUCCAGUGGCGAGAAGCACUCAAAGUGGUGCAGCUCAUGCGAUGCUGGAGGCUUUUCCCAGAGUCUGGGCCUUUGUCAGCUGCAGCGGCCGCGUGUAAUCGUGCAGCAGCAGGGGCCGGAGCCUGGUCUUGGUCGCUGCAACUCUGCAACUGGCUGGCUCGGGAGAGGCUCCCGCCUAGCUUAUCUUUGCAUAACUGUGCCAUAGCAGCGGCCAGCCGUGGUGCAAAGCAAAGUGGCAAUUGGGCCUUGGCAGUCCAGCAGCUGGACCAUCUCUGCCAGUCUCGGCUGCAAGCCGAUCGGGUGUCUCUGUCAGCUGUCUUCGCCGCAUGUCAGCGAAGUGCGGCUCUGGAGCCGGCACUUCGGAUGCUCGCGAAGCUUCCCGGCCAGCGCCUCCGUGCAUGCGCGAUCUCUCACGCCAGCGUCGUCAUGGCCUGCGCAGCCAGGCUGAAGUGGCAGGAAGGGGCGGCCCUGCUGCCAUUCUUAAAAAAGAGCUUCGACACCAAGCCGAAGUUUCUUCGGUCCAUGGUCAAGGCAGCCUACUGGAGAGAGUCGCUGCAUGUGCUUCGGCAGGGAUCCAAGCUCCGAAGAGCUGAGCUCCUACCGGCGCUCGAGGCUUUAAGCCAUUCUCCUGCGAGCCGGGAGAGUGCCUGCGAGAUGCUUCGGGAGGCCCGGACCCGGGGCUGGGAGGUUACGGUGCAGGAGCAGGCAGCCCAGUGCUCGCAGUGCUCGAGCUCGACAUGGGAGGAGGCGCUCUCGAUGUUCGCGGAGUUUCGGAGGCCUGGCCAUGCUUUGGGCGACGAGAAGUGGGACACAUCGACGCUGUGGCCGGUCCUGGCCACAGGGUGUUGGCGAGUUGCGUGGUCUCUGGCCUUCGAGGGCCACGAUGAAAGUCCUCUUGGGAAGGUUUCUGCCGUCACCGCACCUGGAUCAGACUGGCAGGGCUCUUUGCACGCGCUGGCAGACCUGGACGACAAGGACCUCCUGAUGCCUGCUCUCACUUCCUGCAGGCGGGCAUCCUACUGGCAGCAGGCGGUGGCCCUGAUGGCCUUUGCAUGGCUCUGGCGAUUUAGGCCCGGUGCUGUCCGAAUGCACGAUGCCCUGCGAGCAUCUGCCGGCCCAGGGCGCUCGAGGCAGUGGAUGGAGGAUUCUCGAGCUGAGCGGAGAACGGGAGACAAGAUCGAAAAAGUGGCGGCCUCUGUGGCACCUGGUAGCGGUGUCACCACUACCAGCGGUAAGGCCGCGCACGUGCCGCUGGAGCCGCUUGAGCCAACUUUCGAUGCUCAGAGCUGCAAUGGCUCCAACGUUCGGCAGGAUUCGGGGUUGGUGCUGUGCUGGGCUGGUUGA